CACAGCAUCCAUAACCAAACUUAGAAUUUCACAAUGGAAUCUGCCCUUUCUCUAAGCUAUUUUCCUCGACCUGCAAUUCUCUUCAACCUAAAUCUUUCCACAAUGAGCGUUAAGCUUAAACAAACAACCAGACUUCGCUCCAGCCAUUCUUGUUUUUCGCUCUCAAGUGGUUUACAUGUUACUCGGCGCUCACCUGGGCAUGUUUUGAACUUCAAUGCAGUGGUUAGUGAGCUGGAGAAGUCCUCAACUCCGUCAAAGGAAAAUGAGAAAAAGGGAGAUGGAAGAAAGUUAAAAGGUGUGGUGGGGGCAUCUUUGGUUUUGGCUUGUGUUGUUGGUAUUAUGAGUUGCAGUUCUAAGAUGAAUCAAAAGGCCGCCAUUGCAGGUCCCAUGGAAAUGUAUCAGAAAGCUCCCCCGACGUCAGUGUCAAUACAAACAAUCGGCGGAAAUCUAGCGCUUAAAUCUUUUUUGGAUGUGGGUGUGGAGCUGGCUUCAAGCUCGAGUAAAGAAAAGCCCUUUGAUCAACCUAAAUUUAAUGUGCCUCCUGGGCCUUCAAUGGAAGAUAUCAAUGCCAUUAAGAUGGAAGCGGUGCGGAAAAUGAAAUCGGGGAAGCCUGAGGAGGCUGAGAAAAUGCUUCAAGAUCUAUACCGUACAUGUCAAAAUGAGCUUGAACCUGCAUACCAUGCAGAGAUGGCUUUAGUAGAAAUUCUCAUUUAUCAGGGAAAAUACGAAGAAGCCUCAAAUUGUAGCUGUCUCAAGAAAAAACAUUGCAACCAGAAGCCUGAUGGACGAUUCCCACUUUACAAGGCUAUUAUAUACACCAUGCUGAAUAACGAGCCGGAAGCAACGAAGGAGUGGAAAGAGUUCGCAGCAAUGGAUGGAGACGCUGAUCUUGAACACUAUUCCAUAGACUAUGACUUGUUAAAAUAUUUAUUAGUCGAAUUCGUCCGUGCAAAGACAAAAAAUGUAUAAUCAAAAUAUGAUAACCUUGUAACGAGUUUUUUACAUGGCAUGUACAAAAGUGAAAUAAGGAAUAUAAAAUUCCAUUUCAAU